UGUCCAAAUAGAGACCAGAUGGCCAUUCUUUGGGUAGGAUAGAGCAAAACGAGCACUCAGGGGAUGGUGUACAAGCUUUCGUUUAGAAAAAUAGGCGCAGUUCAUUCGGUUUCAGCGCUCGACCGCGCGCUCAUUCGCAGCUCGUGUGUGUGAUUAAAUUGUGUAUUAGAUAUCAAAAAUACAAGAAACAGAAGACAAAGUUGAAGAGAAAACCGGAGUCGUGACUUCUGACAUCAUUUCCAUAUUGUCUUCAGAAAUGCUAUGGCGUUGAUAAUUUUCAACGAGUCUUUCUGUUCUUUUAAUGUUAAACUUUCAAAGCAAUUCGAAGUUUCUACCAAUGCCUGUGAUUGGUCAUUCCAUUAUGGCGUCUUCCUAUUUAGACCAAUCAGAUUCAUCGUUUAAGGGUGCGUUGCGCGAAGUGUGGCGGAGAGCAACAAUCCUCUUCGAAGCUUCGUUCGUUUGGCACGUGUCUGCAACAGAUAGAAAUAGUUAAAUGUAACCGGCCGUGGAACCGGUGAAGCGGAACGUCAAGCUUGAUUGGGUGCGCCGGUACCCAACUGUCAACAUUUCGACGAAGAACGACCUGGAGGGAGGUCAAAUCUAGUCAGUCUUAUCGCGACCGCCGAAGGAUACGAGUUAAUCUGUCAAACAUAUACCAAUGAGUGCUUUGGCCAGUGGGGGUACCGUUUCUUUGACGAGCCAACAGACGAGCUGUGGGUCCAUCAUGGGUCAAUCUAAGAUGCGUGGCGAGUGCAGUGGUGCAAGUCAACGAUCGGUGAGUCGCAUGCUUUAAAGUUCCUCCGGUCCCCAUCAUUUCCGUAUUCUACCGUUUCAGUUGUUACUGAGAGUAUGAUAUGUAUUAAUAAUCAUCUUUUCUAUUACAGCAUUUUGUUGUUCAAUUGUUAUUUUCGCAAUUAUUGCUGAAAUUCUAUUUUCUGUUUCAACAUUUUAUCAUUUAAAUUGGUAUUUAAUGUUGUCUGUUUUUGAGAACUUUAUUGUUUUAGGUGGGUCACUAUCGUAGCCAUCUCCACGUGGUGUGACCCAGUAAUCGGUAUCGUUUUUUAAACAUUUAUCAGACGAUAAUUUUUAGAAAACGAUAUCGAGCUGAGAGCUACGAUUCGGUUAAUAUUAAGUAGUAAAAUCAAUUUUUCGAGCGAACACGCUAUUUUUUUUAUUCUAAUUCUUUAUAUUCUAAUUCUUUUCUUCGGAAGGAUCCAUCGAUCCUUUAGUCCCGAUGUAGGUUCCAAGAUUAUCGUUUUUAGCAAAAUUCAGUUCUACUAGUAUCAAUCAUCUACUGUUAGAUGACUGAGCAUUUCAAUGUCCUAUAACCACCCCUAUUUCACACCUCAUUGAAAUACAAUAAUUUCAUUAUUGGUUUUAAGGUUUAAAACAAAUUGUGACGAUCGAACGCUUUCGAUAAUUGCUAUAGUUCUAAUUGUAAGUUUCUUUAUUUUUCGAAAAAGAAAUUUUCUUUUGGAAUAAUCUGUUUCGCUCACUGUUAGAUGGCACUAGUAGUACCAGUAUGUAUAAAGUAAGUAAGUACUCAUGAAUAAAGUUACAGAUUUCCUUUCAAAAGAAACGUCAUAUUUAAACUUUUAUUUUAAGAAAAAUAGUGUUAUUCACGAUGAAGUGGUAAUAUAAGUAAUAUAAAAAAUACCGAAAUCUGUUUUUAGUACAUCUUAAUUCGAAUUAAGAUCUUUAAAGGUUAGGAUAGAAGAUGUGCUAAUAUAUUUAUGUAUUAAAUAUAUAUUUACAAUACAUGUGCGCGUAACUUCUAUUAACUCAUAUAAAGUGUUCAUUUCAAUUUAAGAUAUAAUUAAUAAAAUAUUUCAAUAAUAAUGUUCAACAUGAAUUCAUCCAAUUCAACAUCAUCCGAGGCAAAUGGAGAAAAAAUACUUACAAAUAAUGAAUUGGAUAGUAUACCUCUGUAUCUUAUUGGUACUCAACAAAGAUUUAGAGAAAAUAUUAUAAUUCCAAGAACUGUGGGUCCUGUAAGAUUUAAAACCAACGAGGAGAAAAUGAUAGAAAAUGUAAUGGAAAGUUGUACUUUUAAAAGCAUUGCAAGUUGUGUUAUAGGGUAUGGCUUGGGAGCUGCUAUAGGUUUAUUUUCAUCUAGUGUAAAUCCAAAUGUAGCUGCUGUGGAAAAGAAACAAACUGUUCGUGAAGUCUUUAGAGAAAUGAAAACUACUACAUUAGGUUAUGCAAAAAAUUUUGCUGUAGUUGGUUGUGUAUUUUCGGCAAUAGAAUGUACAAUUGAAUCGUAUAGAGGUAAAACUGAUUGGAAGAAUGGCACAUAUGCUGGUGGUUUAACAGGAGGUAUAAUAGGGUUAAGAGCUGGAGUAAAGGCAGGCUUAUUUGGAGCAGCAGGCUUUGCAGCAUUUUCAACAAUAAUAGACUAUUAUAUGCAUAAAUCUUAAACACUUAAUAUGUUAUAAAUUAUAGUAAAUAUAUUUGUAUAAAAGAGAUAUAAAAUGCACUCUCAGUGUACCUGUACAAUACAUACAAAAGCGCAAAAUAGUUCUUAGUAUAAAAAUGCAUACAUAUAAGUACAAUAGUUAAGAAAUAAAGUAAAUGCACAUAGUAUAUUGAUA